AAAAAACAUUUUCAUCAGUUUGAGCAGGAGAAAUGGAUGACAGUCAGGAUGUUUUCGAAUGUCCGAUCUGUUUUGAAUUAAUGCAGGAUCCAGUGACGACCACUUGUGGACACAGUUACUGUAUGAAAUGCAUCAAUGCCUUCUGGGAUAUAAAUAACAAUGGAGGAUACAGCUGCCCUCAGUGUAGGCAAAGUUUCACAGAGAGGCCUCUGCUGAAGAGGAACACACUCCUGGCUGUCCUGUUGGAGGAAAAAAGGAAAAACAACAGUCAAAGAGCUGCUGCUGAAGCUGGAGACACCUAUGCUGAAUCUGGGGAUGUUGCAUGUGAUGCCUGCACAGGGAGAAAAAGAAAAGCCUCCAUGUUUUGUCUUGUGUGUUUGGCUUCUUACUGUGAGACUCAUCUGAAGCCUCACUUUGAAGUACCACCAUUAAAAAAACACAAACUGAUUCAAGCCUCUGCCAGGAUCCAAGAAAGCAUCUGUGAGCACCACAACAAACUUCUGGAGAUUUACUGCCGCACUGAUCAGCAGUUUAUUUGUCUGCAGUGUGUGGUGGGUGAGCACAAAGGUCAUGACACAGUGACAGUCGCAGCAGAAAAGUGUGAAAUGCAGAGACAACUUGACUGGACUAAACAGGAAAUAGCAGACCGAUUGCUGUAUUUGGAAGGGAAAAAGGUGGAGCUGAUGCAGGCUGCAGAUUCUGUAAGAGACGCUGCUUGGCAGGGGUUUGGUGACUUUCAGCGACGGUGUGAAGAACACAUUCGUUUUGUGCAGAUCAAGUGCUUUGAGAUGAGAGAAAAAGCUGAAGACGCAGAGAAAUCUGGAGUUGACCAAACCAAUGGUCAUCUCGGGGAACUUCAGCAAGAAGAGUUUGAGCUGAGGAAGAGAGGGGAUAAUCUGGACCAGCUUUCAUUGAAAGAGGACCAGCCUAUCCAGUUUGUUAAGGGUUUGAAGGCUCUGGGUGACAUCCCUGCAUUCACAGACUCGCAUAAAAAAUUUGACACAUUGACAGAGUUUGUCAAGGAACAGAGAGAUAACGUGAAAAAUAUUUUCGAGAACGCAAAGAAUGACAUUUUCAGCCAUUUUGAAAAAAAUGAAUUCGUCAAGUUGGAGCUGGAUCCAAACACAGUAGCUGCAUGUCUUUGCUUGUCUGACACAAACGACGAGAUAUCCUGGGGAUGCCAUGACCAGGCUCACCCUGAUCACCCUGACAGAUUCACCUACCAUUACCAGGCUCUGUGCAAGAACGCCCUCAGUGGGAGCCACUACUGGGAGGUGGAGUGGGAUGGUGGCUUUGUGGACUUGGCCGUGUCGUACAAAGGCAUCGAAAGAAAGGGCUCAGGGAAAUAUUCCUGUUUUGGCCAUAACAAAUUUUCCUGGAAAUUAACCUGCUCUUCAUCUGGGUGUGUGUUUUGGCACGAUAGUCUUCACAAAGGCCAAAUUCCUCCGGCUCUCUGCCGAAAAGUGGGUGUUCAUCUUGACUACGAAGCUGGGACACUGGCCUUCUACAGUGUUUCUGAUAGGUUCACACUGCUGCACAAGAUCCAGACCACCUUCAGUGAACCUCUCUAUCCCGGGUUCUCUGUUGAUUUGGGCUCAACACUCAAAAUAUGCCACCUUUAACCAGUCUGUUUUAGAAAACUGAGCUGCAGAAAAGGCUGUAGUUUUAUGAUUCAGGGAUAGAAGGAACCACAAUAGUGAAUAAUAAUCACAAUGUUAAUUUUGUACAUUUGUGAAUGCCUGAGAGUUAAAAGAGAUAAAUAGCCUACUGUUACUUACAGAUAUAUAUGGUUCAUUUUUGAUUGUAAUGAUUAUUGUUAUGUGUCCUUUAUGUCUGCAUAUGUUGCCAGGUUGGUUAUGUUGAAUCCACCUAGUUAUGUGAUGUUGGUUUGCUAGGAAAUAAAAUGAAGAAAUGUUGUGAGUUUUAGCCUCAUUUGUUUUGGGGUCUCAGGGUUGUCGUCAAUUUUGUUUUUCUUAUUUAUCGAGUAUCAUUUGAUGGAGUCUAUAGAUUUGAACCAAGAAUUGAUGGGUUGACUGUAGAUUAUUUAGAAUGAAUAAAUUAAGGAGGGUAUUGUGAUUAAUAUGGUUGUUUAAAAGUGAUAUGAAUAUGCUUAUCCAGAGGUAAUUAUGUAAUGUUUUAAGCCAUUGUUUAAAUUGAGUUUGAACAGCUCUGGCAGCCUGUUGGAAAUGUUUAUCUCUAAGUAUGUGAUUUGACCAUAAGCAAUAAACCAGAGCAAUAAAGGAUAAGUGUAUGGGAUGCAGACAAGUUAUGAUCAAGAAAAAUGGUAGAUUUUGAUCAGUUUGUAGAGUAAUCUGAGUUCUGGAGAAUCAUAUAUGGUAAGAUGGUUUCUUUGAAUGAUGAAGGGCUUCUUAUGUAUAAAAAUACGUCAUCUGCAUAAAGACUAAUAUUGUAAUUUGUGGUUCAUGUUUGAAUUCCUUUGUUACCUUUUUCUCUAACAUGUUGCUUAAAUGGUCAGAAAACAUUGUGUGAACUUUUUUCAUUCCAUAUUUGUUUUCAGGACUACCCCAUGUAGUCACUAUGGCUGUGUUUAUUAUGUCUUUUGGAUGGUGUGACAGCCCUAUGGCCUGUUUGAUUGUGCCUUCUCUUCUCUUGUUGCAGGUACAUCUAAUUAGGAGGCUGUUUAACCAGCCUGACUGAGAGCACCUGGGCCCAAUGCUCCCAGUUAGCUGCAAUUGUAGUCUGCUCACAGAGACUUUCUGCAUGUUCAGUGUUUUGUUACUUCAUCUUCCUUUUUCCAUUCAAUACACGCACAAUACUUUUCAUCCACCCACUCG